ACAUGCGGUACGAUGAUUAAAAAUAUUUAUCUUUUUAUUUUCGGAUUCUGUGCCGCCCAUCUGUAUUUAAUUGGCACUUCUCGUCUAUUAAUAUCAGUCAUGAUCUGAACUCGAAUGUCGACUGUAAACAUCAGAAUUGACGGGCAAUUCAAUAUUUUGAGUCGAUUCAAAAAAAUCCUAUCCAUAUUUAUUUAUUAAAUUCUUCUUCUGUAAAUUUUCCUCUAAAAUUUUCUUCUUCUGAAAAUUUUCCUCUAAAAUUUAGUAGGAGGAGCAGUAUUUAGUUAAUUAGGGCUUGAUUCACAGCAGCUUUCUGUAUUGAAUAUCAAGAUAUGGCGGAGGUGGAUGAGGUUGUUCCAAUCUUCGGUAGUUUAAAACCAGUUUAUGGCGAAGGAUCCCUCCUCGAUGAGGCUCAAUUUCGCUACGACAAUUUAAAGGCAAAAUUUAUUGAACUUUACGGAACUGAACCUGACGUAUAUGCUCGAGCUCCAGGGAGAGUGAAUUUGAUAGGUGAGCACAUAGAUUAUGAAGGUUACUCUGUGUUGCCCAUGGCCAUACGCCAAGAUACUAUUGUGGCGAUUCACAAGCGCAACUCUAAUGAAGAAAGAAAGAUUUUGCAGAUUGCAAAUGUGCAAUCAGAAAAAUAUGAGCUUUGCACUUAUUCUGCAGAUCCUGAUCAGGAUAUUGAUUUGAAGAAUCACAAGUGGGCAAACUAUUUUCUCUGUGGGUACAAAGGAUUUCAUGAGUAUAUCAGGUCAAAGGGAAUGGAUGUUGGAGCACCUGUUGGGCUAGACAUUCUUGUUGAUGGUACAGUUCCAACAGGGUCUGGCUUAUCUAGUUCAGCAGCAUUUGUCUGUUCCUCUACAAUCGCAAUUAUGGCAGCUUUCAACAUAAACUUUCCUAAGAAAGAAGUUGCACAGUUCACGUGUGAAUGUGAACGCCACAUUGGAACUCAAUCUGGAGGCAUGGACCAGGCAAUUUCAGUGAUGGCAAAGCCAGGGUUUGCUGAAUUGAUAGAUUUUAAUCCAAUUAAAGCAAGUGAUGUGCAGUUACCUGAUGGUGGAACAUUUGUCAUUGCCAAUUCUCUAGCUGAAUCACAGAAAGCGGUGACUGCUGCAACUAACUACAAUAAUAGAGUUGUAGAAUGCCGUCUAGCUGCUAUUGUUCUGGCUAUAAAACUUGGCAUGCAAGCACAUGAAGCUGUCUCAAAAGUUAAAACUCUUUCUGAUGUUGAGGGUUUGUGUGUGUCAUUUGCUGCUGAUCAUGGUUCUUCAGAUGCACUUGUUGCUGUGAAGGAGUUCUUAAAUGAGGAACCUUAUACAAAAGAGGAGAUUGAGAAAAUAAUAGAAGAAAAUCUUGAAUCAAUCAUGGCGGGUUCACCAACAUCCCUGGCUGUACUUGCAGCUGCUACACAUUUUAAAUUGUUCCAGAGGGCCUCCCAUGUAUAUUCAGAAGCAAAGCGUGUUCAUUUAUUUCGGGAAACAGUGAUGUCAAAUCUAAGUGAUGAUGAAGUAUUGGAAAGGCUUGGGGAGCUUAUGGACGAGAGCCACUAUAGCUGCAGCACUUUAUAUGAGUGCAGCUGUCCUGAGUUGGAAGAACUUGUUAAAGUUUGCCGAGACAGUAAAGCACUUGGUGCAAGACUUACUGGAGCUGGAUGGGGUGGUUGUGCAGUUGCUUUAGUGAAAGAAAACAUAGUCCCUUCGUUCAUCUUGAAUUUAAAGGAAGCCUUCUAUCAGUCUCGCAUUGAGAAGGGAGUGAUUAAUCACAAUGAUUUGGGCCUCUAUGUAUUUGCCUCAAAACCAUCAAGUGGUGCUGCAAUUUUCAAAUUUUAAUGCAUUGACCUCUUUUAAGUUUGAUAACUAUGCUCAUCAACAUAUAAUGCCAAUCAGUGGCAACUAGCUUGUCUAAAUAAGCAAAUAUUUAUUGUAAUUCUUGUGAAUAUGGAACACGUGUAAUAAAUCUUUGGUUUCUGAUUU